ACCAACACUGUUCAAACCUCGCACCACCACCACAGCAGCGCUGACGUCUACGAUCAGCAUGGGCAGACUUUGCCCGAGACUCAACUAUACCUCGAACACGAUGCGCAGCACUGUCUUCGGCGCAGCAGCCGUGCUGCUUGCGACGAUCACAUCAGCUCAAUCCGCCCCACGCACGGCCUCGCUGCACCUCUUCCCCUCCUCCAUCUCCGACGACUACUCGAUUCCCGAAGUCUCUGCUUCUCAGGUGCACAAGCUGCUCAGCUAUCACCUGUCCAUUCCGGGCGAGAAGUUGGACGGCGCUCAUUGGGCUCAUCCAGAGGCUUGGCGAUGGAUCGAUGAGAAAUCCAGGCCGAGCGCAAAGGAUCUCUUUGGUGCUUCUGAGCAGGACCUUCGAAAGGCCAUCAUUGUAUUGAGGGCAGACGAUGCUGAUCUGAUCCCUAGGCAUCUGGCGCAGACCCACAAAAUAUCUCAGCCACACAACGAAGAGAAUUGGGAUGCCCUCUUCGAUGUGUAUGCGGAAAGACUGGGCGGUCUGACGGGAAGCUUGAUCCAUGCGGCUAGUCGCGCAGCAGAAAGGCUAUCCGAUUGGGCUACGGGCUCAAGCGAGGAGGACCGAGCCGAGCGCACGUUUCAAGAUGUUUUGAGGGAGAGCGCUACAUCUUUGGAUAACGGCGACGCCUCUUUCGAACUCCUCCGUUUUGACAGGGCACUUGAAGGCAUUUCUCAGCAGUCUGGUGACGCUAGCGACGAUCUCGAUGCAGCGCGCUCCCAGAUCAAAGAGCAGAUUGAGACUUUGUUCUCUUCUGCUCGAACCGCAGACAACAGACGCAGUAUCGCGCUUCUUUUGAUUCCCACCAGCGAACAAGAAGAGGGUCUUGCCAAGCGACAGGUGCAGGACCCUUUGGCGCCCUUUGGUAUCACGAAGCGAGCGGACCGCUGGACGGAUGGUCAGGGUUCUUGGUCAGAAGCUUCCUCAUCAGGAAGCGAGACCUUGUGGAGCCUUAGCGACAGCCUCAAGAACUCCAGCAAGCCGCCCAAAGAGUCCGACUACGUGGGAAAGUGCUUCUCAUCUGAGUCUGAUCUGAACAAAGCGACAGCAGAUUGUUCUGGAAGAGGCAAAGCGGUUCUGUCGACCAAAGGCGCAAGACGUUGUUAUGUUUGCCAAUGCUCCAAGACGAAGGAGAAGGGAAGUUCGACUUCUUGGGCGGGCGAAGCUUGCCAAAAGGUGGACCUCAGCACCAGCUUCACGCUGCUCGCUACUACCACCGUCGGUCUUCUCGCCACCAUCUUUAUGAGCAUCAGCUUUUUGGUCAAGGAGGGGAACAGAGAGCUUCCUAGCGUCCUUACUGGUCUCAGUGGUGCGAAGCAUUAGGCCAGACUGUCCAUUUCUCACUCUUCGCCAUCCGAGGAAGGAGUCAAUCGAUGAUUGCAUACGUAUUCUUGGCCGUGAUACUACAGGGUAUUUGACAUCUGGGUGCGAUUCGUACAAGCGUGAUCGCUAAUGCCCCCACCAAGCCACCCACUUCUCUUCAUCUGCUUCCAAGCCCCACGACGAUUCUUCGCCAGGCCGAGCAAGGUGAAUAUGCCAAAUUCCUCCUUCCUCUACCUGCCCAUGAGUAAUGAUGGGUAUCUCGAGCGGUCUUCCAUUGAUAGUGAAAUGCAGGAUCCUUCUGGGUUCGGCAGGUGCGGACGAAUCCCCUUGUGCGCCUCCAGGCUCGUCGACGGAGCCAUGCACGAUGAUCACUAGCUUGUGAUCUUUGAUGUGAGGCAGCUUAAUGGUCACUUUUGAGAAGAAUGG